UCGAGCAAAGAGUCGGUGAACCGAAGGACACUAGGACGAGGGCUCAGUAGGUGAGGUAGUGUUUGCAACAGUGCGCGGUGUAGUCGCCGUAUUAGUAGUGACGAUGAAGACACUGAUCCCGUUGGCGCUCCUGUGCCUGGCUCAGGCCGGGCCGAUCCUGAGCGCGCCCUUUAACCUGCGCGACAUGCUCGAGGACGGGCUGGCGAUACCGGAGUCGAAGAUGAUCGACUUCGAGAACCUGACCGAGAGCGAGCGGGAGCAGUUCCUGCGCGAGAACGUCAACAUCACCGCCCUGAAGAUCCAGCAGCGGGUGCUGCGGGAACAGCAGAAUAUGAACCGGACCGCCGGCCCGAUGGCCAUCACGGCGAGCACCACCGACCGGGACCUGUCCGAUCGCGUCAAGACGCGCAAAGAGUACGCCAAUCAAAUCAUCCACAACAUCAAGCAGAACAUCGAGAGUAAUAUCAUGCGCAACGACUCCACCGGCCAGCUGGCGGCUACGCACGAGAUGGCCUUCUCGGCCGUCUGCGAGGUGCCGAAGAACACCAACACCAGCCAGUGGAACGAGGACUACACCUGGAAUCUGUACUUCCGUUUGCCGCACAACAAGCAGUACAGCUCGGUUAAUUCGGCGGUGCUGAGACUUUACAUGAACGGGAUCAACUCCACCGGCACGCGGAACCUGCGCGAAUCGGACAACUGCAAGAACCCGGCCGAACAGAUGAUCCGCAUCACGACCUCGGUGUACUACCGGAAGAACCGCAAAGAUAAUCCAGCUCCCGAGCGUAAGAAGCGCAUCUGUAGCAGCAUCACGAUCACCCAGUCGUACCGGGGCUGGAUCUCGAUGGACACGCUGCUGGCGGUGAAACUGUGGGACAAACCGAACCGCAACUUUGGCAUCGCGAUCGACAUCGAGGAUCAGGAGGAUCGCCCGCUGAAGGCGUCCGACUUCUUCCAGCCACCCGACUGCUCGGAGGCAAGUAAAGUCAACGCUACAACCGUACUUCCAUGGAGCUUUUUCCGAAAAUCACUCGCAUGGACCGCUAAUGAAAUGGACAAUGUGCCACACCAACCAAGAAUAGAUGUUGCCAUCCACAAAAAUAUGCAUUACAAUCAUCGUCUGUUCCGCUCGAAGCACCACUACGGGUACAACGUGCGUUACCAUCUGUUCAACGGGUCCACCACCGGUAGCUACUCGGGCAACUCGUACGAGCACGAGCAGGACGUGGAAUCCCGGGCACCCGGGUCGGCCGCCAGCCACCAGGCCCAUCAUCAGCAGCAGCAGCACGUGCACCACAAACAGCUGCACCACCAUCUUCACCAGCUCCAGCAGCAGCAGCAUCCGGUCGCGAUCAAGAUGUCCCACAAGAGGCGCCGCCAUCUGAACCAUCGAGCCAACACCAGCACCCAGACGAUCGCCUCGGCCGAGAGCGACGAAAACCUGUCAUCCUCGUCGUCGGCGGCUUUCGAUUCGGCCGCUUCCGCCUCGGCCGAGGACCGGCAACUAUGAUUCGGUUGCCCGGUAACCCCCAGGCUAGGCCACAGCAGCAACAGCAGCAUUAGUAGUAGUAGUAGCAGCCCUAGGCAGUAGUAGCAUUAGGCAACGGUAGGUCCUCUGGCAGGUUGUAGUUCGAUAAGCAUUAGCCGUAGUCGGACCGAGUUAGUCGUUAGGAAACUGGCCGCGGUGUGUGCGCCUGCCGCCCGGCUCGGCGGUGGGCGGCCACCUACCGGCUACCGGCACAAUGCGCUUUCUCCUUGAGUUCCUUUUUUGGUUCCUUGUCCGCGCGAGCGUUUGGUUCUCUAGCAAAUCCGGUAACUCAAUCGACACACUACUCUCGAGUUCCUGUGCUUCGUAGUAUUGUACUUAAGUUGCUUCCCUGGAGAGGGCACUGGCUCGGACGCUAGGACACUAGACCGUAGGAGUUAGGUUUAGAGCGCGUGAAGAAACCAUCACACACACACACAGGUCACUUUAAGCUUUGAGAAUACUUUUUGCUUCAGGACGC